CCUUAAAAAUGGUUACCUCUGUCGUGCUACUCUUAUUGUGCACCUCUUUUUCUGCAAUUUCAGCUCAUCAACAUGAACAAGACCCUUCAAUCACAACAACCAUGGAGCAGUUCUCUGGUUACUCAAUCCAUGAACCUCACUCUUUCAAACCCACUUCCCUCUCUGCACUGUCCGUUGAUGCUCAGGGUCUGCAGAACCAGAUUGAUGAGCUCUCAGCAUUUUCUGACUCACCUGCUCCAUCAGUGACCAGGAUCUUAUAUACUGAGAAGGAUGUUUUAGCUCGCAGGUAUGUAAAAAACCUGAUGGGAAUUGCUGGUCUAUCUGUGAGAGAGGAUGCUGUUGGUAACAUAUUUGGUCGUUGGGAUGGCCAUGAACCCGAGCUUGCUGCAGCUGCAACAGGUUCGCACAUGGAUGCUAUACCUUACUCUGGAAAAUAUGAUGGGGUUGUUGGUGUUUUAGGCGCUAUUGAAGCCAUCAAUGUCCUGAAAAGGUGUGGUUUUACCCCUAGAAGACCCUUGGAAGUCAUAUUAUUCACAUCAGAAGAACCUACACGCUUUGGAAUUAGUUGCCUGGGAAGCCGCUUAAUGUCUGGGAAUGAGAAUCUAGAAAAUUCUCUAAAGACAACAACUGAUAGUCAAAACAUAUCCUUCUUAGAUGCUGCAAGAUCUGCUGGGUAUGCGAAAGAUGAAGAUGACUUAUCCAGUGUAUCUUUAAAGAAAGGAACAUAUUCUGCUUUUGUAGAGCUGCACAUAGAACAAGGGCCUAUUCUGGAAGAAGAAAGUAUAUCUAUAGGCAUAGUUACUGCAAUUGCAGCUCCAGCAAGUCUAAAGGUUGAAUUUGAAGGCAAUGGUGGCCAUGCUGGUGCUGUCCUUAUGCCUAACAGAAAUGAUGCCGGUCUGGCAGCCUCUGAAUUAGCCCUGGCUGUUGAGAAACAUGUGUUGGAAUCUGGGUCUAUUGAUACUGUUGGCACCGUUGGCAUCUUGGAACUGCAUCCUGGAGCAAUCAACAGCAUCCCUAGCAAAGCACACAUAGAAAUUGACACAAGAGACAUUGAUGAGGAAAGAAGAAACCAAGUGAUUGAGAAAAUCCACCAAUCAGCAAUUAGAAUAGCCAAAACCCGAGGUGUCAAGCUUUCUGAUUUUCAUAUCAUCAAUCAGGAUCCACCGGCCCUUUCUGAUGAAACAGUCAUCAAGGCAAUGGAAACUGCAACAAAAGAGCUGAACUUGACAAGCAAGUUGAUGAUUAGUAGAGCCUAUCAUGAUUCGUUGUUUAUGGCCAGGUUGUCUCCAAUGGGCAUGAUUUUCAUUCCAUGUUACAAAGGAUACAGCCAUAAGCCUGAAGAGUUCGCCAACAUUCAGGAUAUGUCAAAUGGUGUAAAAACAUUGGCGCUCACCCUAGCCAAAUUGUCCCUUCAGUAAUAUCUUCUUAUGAGUUUAGCGUGGACUCUCAUUGUAGAACAAGGGCAUGUAAUUUACUUUUGUUACAACAUAUUGAUUAAAUAAUUUUAAAUUUAGAUAUGCCCCUUUUUGUCUAUCAGAGUGAGAGGUUUGAAGUUUGAACCAUCUAAUAUGGAAAGUGGGUCUACAAGGAACACUUUUUACAUGAAUAAAAUG